UAGUAUCGGGGAAACAUCGGUUUUCGUUCCAGCUCUAUACCACUGCUGCCCGAGUUUGCCCUCAAUUAAAAAUAAAUUACAAAAUUUCAUCGUUACCGUUCGCUAAACGCAACGCAUUGCCCAGGCGUCCGAGUUCCAAAUCCAACACAACACGAGUGGUAAUAUCGCUGUGAAACAUGUCAACACCCGCACGCAGACGUCUUAUGAGAGAUUUUAAAAGACUUCAAGAGGAUCCACCUACGGGUGUCUCGGGUGCGCCAACAGAUAAUAAUAUUAUGAUAUGGAAUGCUGUGAUUUUUGGUCCACACGACACACCCUUCGAAGACGGAACCUUUAAGUUAACCAUAGAAUUUACGGAAGAGUAUCCAAACAAACCGCCAACGGUUCGAUUCGUAUCGAAAGUAUUUCAUCCCAAUGUGUACGCAGAUGGUGGAAUAUGCUUGGACAUAUUGCAGAAUCGCUGGAGUCCCACGUACGAUGUGUCAGCCAUAUUAACAUCUAUACAGUCACUGCUGAGCGAUCCCAAUCCCAACUCACCGGCUAACUCCACCGCCGCCCAGCUGUAUAAAGAAAAUCGGCGCGAGUACGAGAAGCGUGUGAAAGCCUGCGUCGAGCAGAGUUUCAUCGAUUAGCCAUGCGCCCACUUUAGGAACAGCAGCAGCAUCAGAAGCAGGAGCCACAAAACGAGCGGCAGCUGUUUUGAGGGCGGCCGCAGCUUAAAGCAUCAGCAAACUACAGUAACAGAAAUAUGCAAUACCAUAAAGAAGUUUAAAUUAAAUAAUAACAGAAAUAUUUAUGAUAAUUGUAAUGCUAUGAAAUUGUAACACCGCCAACGGCACGGCACAGCAGCAUAUAUACACCCUGCGCACACAAUUCGCCACCCGUAAAUACUGGGCAGUUUUAAGUUAUAUUUGUUUGGCCAAUAGUUAUACCUUGUCCCUAUCCCGAUCACCCGAUCCCGAAGGCAGACGCAAUUCACUUAAAAAAUUAGGAAGUCCUCUAUGACUGCCGACGCUAGUUGCGCCGGCAGCCAGAAAUAGGACUCUUAUAAGCUAAAAACUCAAAUGUUCUAAUUUAAAAAAGCAGCGGCAAUAAUGUUUAAUAAUAAAACAAAAAUUAUAACAACCAUUUAAAGUUUCAUUUUAGAUGCGCGCAAACCCAGUCCUGUAAAACUAAACUCAACCAAAGCCUAAACAGAAAUUAAUAUUUGUAGUAGUUCGUGUCUCAGCAAACACGUACACAAGAAACAUACAUUUUGAAUCCGCUUGAAAACCUAGUAAACAAUUGUCCAGUGUCGUCAUCUAUGUCAACUAUAUGUAUCUACCAAGCCCCAACAUAAACAUACACAUGCUACCUAGAUCGAAUCAUAAGUUUAUUGGCUACAAAUUGUGAAAUUACUAGAAAUUGAGAAUUAAAUGUUAGUUUUUAGGAAUGUAAACCAA